AAUAGGAUUCUGCCUUUUGGCGCGGACGACAAGCCAAGUUUUUUUUUGUUUCUCCAAAUAAUCCCCAGUUUCUUCUAUAUCCCCUUUUUUUUUGCUCACUUCAAUUUUGGGGAUUCCUCGGUUCCUUCUGCCAUGGAUUUUGCAACCUCCGCUGGCCGCAGCACCUCCGACUAUGAUAUCACUCAGACGGAGGAAGAUCAAUUGGCAUGUGCUAGCGAGGACCGUGAAACGAAUUGUUGGGGUUGUGGGCUUCGUGUUAGCGUUGCUGCUUAUGCAUCAGUUUUUAAAUGUGGCUGGUGUGGAGCUAUAACUAAGGAACAUGUGGUGAAAAAUGAUAGCAUCCGAUUGAGACGUUGGCGCGACCGUUGUUUUGUUACUGUCGUCAUUUCAUUUAUGCUGUUCUUUAUUUGUGCUGGCGUUUGGGCUGUAUACCCUGUCAUCUUCUCCAUUAGUUACUUCCAUGGUGUUUUCCACCUUGCAAUUACAGUGAUAUUGUCGAUAUGUACUUUAUCUUCAUUUUGCCUUUCGGCAUUUCAACCUGCUGGUGUUCCACCGAUUAUAAUCUGGGGUAGCUAUCCAGCAGUGGGACAAGGUGGACUUCGGAACUACACAUUCUGCCAUUAUUGUUCAAAGCCAAAAUCACCUCUAGUGCACCAUUGUCGUUCAUGUGGGACGUGUGUAUUGGGCAUGGAUCAUCAUUGCCCUUUUAUUGGCAAUUGUGUUGGUUCCGCAAAUCAUCGGUCUUUUAUUCUCUUUCUUUUAUCAACAGUCAUAAGUACAAUUUAUGUUGUUAUUAUGACUUUUUAUUCUGCACUUCAGAUCUGGCCGCCUGUGGAGCAUAAUAGAUCUCUAAGCAGAUUGAGUGGGUUUGCUAGCCCUGAGUUUUAUUUUGGAGUCUUAAAGGGCAAUAUUCUGGCUUUCUUGAGAUCAGCGGUGUUUCUAUCUGCAAGAGGAGUUGUUCUUGUGUAUCUAUUUAUUGCUAGUUUCUCAGUGGGAACUGGUUUGAGUGUGCUGUUGUGGCAGCAGCUUAGUUUCAUAUAUGUUGGAAAGACUUACUUGAGUCAUCUAACUGCGGUUGACAAUGAAGAAGUGAUGGAAAGAGAUUGCCAAAAUCUCAUAAGAUUUUUUGGUUUUCCGUCCAAGACAACAGCUUAUUUGCCAAGUUAUUGGAAGUCGAGGAAAGCUCAUGAGAAGUGAGGUCGAGAGGUUGGAGAGAUUGAAUGAACCUGUUCCCUGAUUCAUUUCUUAUGUUUGCUGUCGCACCAAGACUUGUUAGAUAUGUAAAUGUCCAACUGGUGCUCAAGAACUGCGUGUGAGUUUGGGCAAUGAUAUGGCUAGGAAUGGUAAAAAUCCUGUGCCUGGUUGUCUUACCUGUUGCCUCAAGUGUCUGCUUAUGCAAAUGGUCCAAGGCUCGAAACUACAGGUGACUGAGUAGUGCAUCAAAUAUAUUCACUGCAGAUACAAGCUUAAUUGGCGUUGGAAGGGUCCUUUUUUUCCCUCUUAUUAUCAGCCAACCUCCAUUUUUAUUUUACUUUUGUGAUAAGAUGCCAAAGAGGUCACUGGAAAAUGGUGAAGUAGAUUUGAGGCGAAGUGUUCUGGUGUAGAAGUCUUGUGCAUAUUGGAGCACUGCAUAUUUUUAUCUGAGUGGGAAAGACCAUUGUACAUUUACUAACACAACUAAAUUAUGAGGAGUUAUCUCUUA